CCCAAAGCAAAACUACCUUUGAACAUCACUCUGGGUCCAGGAAGUGGAGCUUUGGCCUGAAGUGGCUCCCAGCUGCCGCGUGGCCCCGCUGUGCUCCCAGGAGGGUGGCAGGGACACCUGGCUGGCUGGGAGGGCAGCGGCAGGGUGAUGGCUGCAACUGGCGCUGGAUGGGCUGAGGGGAGUGCAGCGUGAGGACCCAGCGACACCCCUGCUGCUCAUGCUGGCAGGGCUCUGCCAGGAGGAAGCCGGGGGCAGAACCCUCACCAGGAGCCUGGCUGGCACAGUAUGGAGCGCUCAAGCAAGAUGGAGUUCUUCCAGAAGCUGGGCUACGGCCAGGAGGAUGUGGUCAGGGUGCUGGGCAAGCUAGGCGAGGCUGCCCUGGUCAACGAUGUGCUGCAGGAGCUGAUCCAGACCGGCAGCCGCCCCGAGGCCCGAGAGGGCAGUGUUGUGCCCCUGCUCGUUCCCAGAGGCUCCUGCGGGGGCCUGGACCCUGCUCAGCAUGGGCUGGAGGCAGACGCAGAGGAGGAGUGCAGAGGGCCAGCCAGCUCUUUGCGGCCCAUAGUGAUCGACGGCAGCAACGUGGCCAUGAGCCAUGGAAAUAAAGAAGUCUUCUCUUGCCGGGGAAUCCAGCUGGCUGUGGACUGGUUCAGGGACAGAGGACACACCUACAUCAAAGUUUUUGUCCCAUCCUGGAGGAAAGACCCACCAAGAUCUGAUACCCCUAUUAGAGAGCAGCACGUGCUGGAGGAGCUGGAGAGGCAGGAGGUGCUGGUGUACACCCCGUCCCGCAAGGUGAACGGCAAGCGGGUGGUCUGCUACGAUGACCGCUACAUUGUGAAGGUGGCCUACGAGCAGGAUGGUGUCAUCGUCUCCAAUGACAACUACCGCGAUCUGCAGAGCGAGAACCCCGAGUGGAAGUGGUUCAUCGAGCAGAGGCUGCUCAUGUUCUCCUUCGUUAAUGAUCGGUUCAUGCCUCCCGAUGACCCCUUGGGCCGCCGGGGCCCCACCCUGAGCAGUUUCCUGAGCAGGAAGCCGAAGCCCCCAGAGCCGUCGUGGCAGCACUGCCCCUACGGCAAGAAAUGCACCUACGGCAUCAAGUGCAAGUUUUACCACCCCGAGAGGCCGCACCACGCGCAGCUGGCAGUGGCCGACGAGCUCCGCGCGCAAACACGGGCCUGGCGGGGCGCUGGCCCCGAGGCGGGGCUGCCGAGUAGCUCGCGGACGGCGGUGGGCCGAGGAGAGCAGGGCGGCCCCCGGGGCGCCCCCGCAGCCCGGCCCGGCCCCCGAGAGCCCGGCGCGCGCAGCCUGCCCCCUGCGCCGCGGACUGCGGACGUGGCCGCCCUCGGGGGCAGCUUCGCGAAGCUCGCCUUCCGCGACGACCCGGGGCUCCUCGGGGCGCCCCCUCCGGGUCCAGGCUGCGGCCUCGCACCCCGGCCGCGCUGUCCGGACUGGGUGUCGCCCGAGGCCCCGCCGUGCCCGGGGGCCCUGCCCCGACUCCCCAGCCCCCAGAACCCGUCCGGCCCGCAGGUCCGGCCGCGGGGUGGGUACCGCCCCGGGGACCCGCAAGGCGACCUGCUCCCCCAGCGGAGGCCGCCCACCUUCCCAGGAGGCGACGGCCGGUUCCAGGGCCCCUCCGUCUGGGCGGAGCCGGGCUGGGCAGACCGCGCCUCCAGGGGACCUUCGGAGUCCGCGCGUCCCGCUGAUACCCGCGAGGUGGAUGCGCGCGCCCAGGCGCGCACCGCGCUCUGCAGCAUCUUCCCGCCGCACCAGGUGGACAGCGUCAUGGCCUCGUUCCCCGCGCUCUCCGACGUCACCAGGCUCAUCCUCCUGAUCCAGAGAUUCCAAAAGUCUGGCGCACCUCUGGGAAAAUCCUAACGAACUGGUCCAAGCUGCCGCCAGCGUUGGUCCAGUCUAGCAUUGCAACUUGGGCCAGGCGGGUUGCCAGCCUUCACCUCGUGG